AGCGCGCAGGAGUUUUACGCUGCUGGUUUGGGAGCGUUUAAUUAAGUGACUCGAACACCACCACCACCACGGACCACCGAGCAACACCGGCCUGAGUGGGAAAGAGGAGACCAGCCCAGGGAAUAUCCGGCUGUCCGGUACGAAUGAGGACACCCGGGGGACCACUAGUCUGAUUCCACAAGGCAGCAAAAUGUCCACACCACCUCUGUCAGGAGCAGGAAUGCCCCCUGGUCCAUUUUCAGGAUCUCAGGCUCAAGCCGCACGGGAAGUGAACACUGCUUCUCUAUGCCGCAUCGGUCAAGAGACAGUGCAGGAUAUUGUAUUUCGCACCAUGGAGAUCUUCCAGCUACUGAGAAAUAUGCAGCUUCCAAAUGGUGUCACCUAUCAUACGGGCACAUAUCAGGACAGAUUGGGAAAGCUGCAAGAACAUCUCCGUCAACUCUCGAUACUUUUUAGGAAACUGAGACUAGUAUAUGACAAAUGCAAUGAAAACUGUGCAGGGCUUGACCCUAUUCCAAUAGAGCAACUCAUUCCUUAUGUCGAAGAGGAUGGUUUUAAGCAUGAUGACCGGGGAGCAGCCAGCCAGCUUCUCUUUGCUAGUGAAGAGAGAAGAGAAAUCAUGGAAGUGAACAAGAAACUGAAACAGAAGAAUCAACAGCUGAAGCAAAUCAUGGAUCAAUUACGGAAUCUCAUCUGGGACAUAAAUGCCAUGUUGGCAAUGAGAAACUGAAAUAUGUUUUCUCUUUUUCUCAUUAUGGUAGUUGAUUUUAUUUGCUAGGGGAAAAUAUAAGUAUUUUCUAAGAACGUAUUCCUUCCCUCCGCUGUCUUUAUCCCAGUAGUGUACAGUCUUUUGAAAUAGCCAAACCUAAGAAGAUGUUAAUAUGUAUAAAAAUCAGUGUAAUACAAUAUUUGUAACCCAUUUGUUCUAUUUUGAUUAUGAAUGUUGAAGUCUUGGUAAGGUGUUGCUUUUUCCCCCUUUUUAAUUAAUGAGUUCAGUAUAAAUGUAAGCUUUAUUUUUAAGACCAAGUUGGGCAGCUUGUACUGAUCUUUUGCUGGCAUUCUCUUUUACCUUAAAUGGUAGGGGCUUAACUUCAAGGAGGAGGGAGCCAAAGAACAGCUGUGUAGAAAAGAGAAUGCACACUUUGUUCUCAACAAGAACUGUGCUGGAAUGAUCCAUGCAGUAUUGGUUUUGUUGUUUAAAAACCCAAACAAAAACACAAA